UAGCCGAGUAGUGACCACUGCAUCACAGUCGAGCCUGCUCUAGUUUUGUUGACACCGUCACUUCUUCGCCAGGGGACUCCGGAUGGAACCGUGGGAAUACCACAACCCAGCUGCCUCUGGGAAGAAACAUGUUGAACUCAGCCUGCUUGUUCAUCUGACACAAAGGACAAAUGGUACCAAAAAGUUAAGGUGAAGGUGUGUGCGUGGGGGGCCGGGUAGAGCACAGCCAUUCCUGAUCAUCUUCCUGAGCGGGAUGGCUCUGAAUGACAAGAGGCAGUAAUGGAGGUCUAUGUGGCAAUCAGCACUGCAACCAUGAAGCAGCUAAAAGGGUAGGGUCAACCUACCCGACCAUCACCACCCCCACCCCCUCCCCCGUCCCACCCCCACCCCACACCCCCUUCCCUGCCCAUGCUCUGAGUCCUAUACUGGAACCACCCUGCUGACUAUUGGAAGACAAACAUGGUGUAUGUUGCAAAGACUAUGGUGGAUGUUUGAGAGAAGUACCUCUGUGGUGUGAGCACAAAUUCAGUUGAGCAAUGAAUGGCGGAAAGGACUGUGAGGCAGGAAAUGAGAGGCAGGCCAUCCCUGUCCAAGUCCCCAUUGGCUGGCAGCGCAGGAGGGAGCAUGGUGGCAUCCUAUAUGUCAGUCCCAGUGGCUCAGUGCUCUCCAGUUUGGAGCAGGUGAAGAACUACCUUCUAACAGAUGGAACAUGCAAAUGUGGUCUGGAAUGCCCACUCAUUCUCCACAAGGUGUUUAACUUUGACCCGGGGGCAGUGGUCAAGCAGAGGACAACGGAAGAUGUGAAAUCAGAUGAUGAUGUCACCAAACUCUGUAUUCACAAGCGGAAACUUCUGGCUGUGGCUACACUGCACAAAAGCAUGGAAAGUCACCCGCCCCUCACACUAAUGAGUCCUGUUGGAGGUACGCCGUCUGUGGUUGUGUCGCAUUCUGCAACUCAUCGAGCAAUAAGGACAAAACCACACGAUGUCCUGCCAAAUGCUGCUGGUCCAGACUGCAAGAAUGCUUACAAGAUGGUGAUGGCAGCUGGCCACCAACAGCAGAUGUACCCUCCUCAGGAGAUCGGUGGAGGGCAGCAUUCAGAGCUCUGCGCUGGAUACUCCAGGUCACAGAGGUUGCCCAGCAGUGAUCCAGGCCCCAAAUCCCCCUACCGGGUUGGGUAUGGGGGAAUGUUGAGCCCGCCCAUCUCUAGCACUAAGUUUUGUGGAGAUGGCUCGCAGUCACCCUGUACAGACACUCUGGCCAGCCCAGAGGGCUUUCAAAGAACGAAUCCUUGUAUAUUUCCAGUUGCUGGCAGUCCCAACUCAGCUUCCAUCCAUGGAAUCUCCAGAACGCCUCUUUCUCCACCUAGCAUGAUGCUCCAUGUAUCCCCUGUGAGCCAAGCGGCCUGUGCCAUGACAGUAAGGACUAGCAAACCCCUCUCACCCACAGCCACUGCCAAAAGCCCCGUCAUGAACAAUAUGCCACGAGGAAACUUCCCCUAUGGUAUGGACAUACCCAGUAUAGCUUACCACCAUAAAGCACAGCCUCCUGUGCAUCCUGUCCCACCACCUCCUCCUGUGCCACCCGCCUGUGUCCUGCAAAAAAGGCAGUUGACAUCUGAAAAAGACCCCUUAGGCAUUCUGGACCCUAUCCCCAGCAAGCCUAUUAGUCAGCCCCCAGCCAACACCCCAAACUUCCAGCCUAACAUCCACACUCAGGUAUCAAUGAUGAAUGUAAACAUCCCCCCUCCUGCCAUUGUCCCCUUGCCAAGUAACUUACCUUUGCCCACGGUAAAGCCUGGGCCUGUAGGCCAUGGUGGCCAAGUUCAAAGGACUCAACAGAGCGGUCCGGCUCCCUCCAUGUCGCCAUCCCCUGUCACCUCUCCUGUUCACAUAGCAGGAUCCUCCCUUGGACGAGUGGAAGCUUCACCCCAUCGCUCACGCUCUUCUUCAACCUCUUCUGACCACGGGAACUUUGCGAUGCCGUCAGGGCAUCAGGGCCCAUGUGGCACCAUGAAGAUACCCCCUCGAUCUCCCAGAUCGGCCAUCGGCUCUCCCAGGCCAUCUAUGCCCUCCAGCCCCUCCACCACCAACAAAAAUGACUCGAUCCACCAGUACAGAGAUCCUCAGCUGCUUUCGUCAGUUGGCACCCUUCAGCACAACAACUCCAUGUACUCACCCACCUCAUCGUCCUCCUCCUCUUCCUCUUUGCCUAUGCCUAGUGGUUCCCAAAAGGGCCAGGCAGGACUGUUGAGAAUGCCUCUAAACCAGAUUCUCAACCAUCAGAAUGCUGCCUCCUUCCCAGCCAGCAGUCUCUUGUCAGCAGCAGCCAAAGCACAGCUAGCACAUCAAAACAAACACAGCACUACUGGUGUGACUGCUGCUGGUAUAGCUAGUGGUGGAGGAAAUGGAGGGGGAGGAAAUGGAGGGGGUGCCGGGCACCCUGGCUCAAUGAGUGGUCAUCUUGCUUCGGAAGGACACAGCACUUUAAACCCUAUGCUCCCGCCAAACUUCACAAUGCUGCUCAACUGCCCUGAGGGUCAGAGCGGUCGAGCGGCUCUGAGAGACAAGCUGAUGGCUCAGCAGAGGGACCCCAUACGCAAACGAAAGCAAUCAUCAGGUAGCACAUCUGUCAACCACGACGGCAGCAACAACAACAUGGCCUUUAACGUGCGUAACAAACCAAGUAUUGGGGGAUCGCAAAUGGCAGCUCCCAAUGCAGAGCAAAUGCGAAAGGUCAGUCGUCUCGGAAACCUCCCACCAAACGCCUCUAUGGCCCAACUCCUCCAGUCCAUGAGCAGCCAGAGCUCCCACAACAUUGGCGGCAACAGCCUCCACCCUGGCCUCAGCUCAGGAUCUUCUCCUCAAGGAGUUACUCAGAUCCACUACAAUGACUCCACAUCCAAGGUGCCUGGCGGCCCUCAGCAGAACCUCAUGAGCCAACAGAGACUUGCAGUUCAAGUCAAUGGCAUGCGGCAUGGUCAGAACAUGGACACUGCUGGCAGUCACUUGGGCUCACGGCCAGGUCAGAUCCCUGACUUGAUGGCCCAGAUUAAGGCCUCUACCUUGAAUAACUGUGGGCCUAUGGGUCCCGCUAGUGGACUAGUAGGCCCCGACGGCAUACCACUCGGACGGCCACACACUAAUCCCCCACCACUAUCCCAUUCUGGGCCUCAUCCUUCGCAGCACAACCUCCAUCAUAGUGUAGGGCAGACUAACGUGGUAAUGCUGCGUGGAGAUGGAAGCUGUACAAAGAAUAUUUCUGACACAGGAAACCCCUCUUCCAUCGGCCUGCAGCCAAAUGUUAACACUGGCAGAGGACAGAUGUACAAGCAGUCAGUCAACCAGGUCAUGCAACAGGGUGGAGCCUCCCAGCCAGCCUACCAGGGUCAGCAGCACUUCUCUGACAACCCACCUUACACAGACAGCAGCAAUGCUAACGUUGACUCCAUGGUUUGCCUCUACCAGAAUUACCAGCAGGGGCUAAUGACACACCCCCAGUUUAGCGAGGGGCAGCCACACCAAGGCGAAGGCUUGCGAACUGGAACCCCCUGCUCUGACAGGGCCCCUGGCAGAGGCUCGGAGUCCGUGGACGCAAUCUAUAGGGCUGUGGUGGAUGCUGCCAGUAAAGGGAUGCAAGUAACCAUUACCGCCACAGUAAGUGGGACCACACAGGUAAGCCCCAUGCCUGCCCUCAGUGCCAUGAGUGCCUUCACUGCCUCCAUUGGGGAGCCUGUCAGCCUCCCCCAGGUGGUCAGUGCAGUUCUGCACCGGGAAGGGGAGGUUUUACCUCAGCAAGCCAGAACCCGGCAGGUUAGGCCAGUCCGAGUUCAAAAGAACGUGGAUCCAGGGAAGAGCACUCCAGAUGGCACAGAGGCCAAUGACUACUUCCAGUCCCCUGGCUGUGGAACUCCCAGGGGGCAGUGGGAUGGGGAAAUUCAUCAUGGUGGAGGCUUCGAUACACAUACCAACAACGGCGUCUGGGGCGGUGAGGACUUCCUGGAGUGCUCCACCCAGGUUAGAAGUAGUCCCUGCAUGGAACGAUCUGCUGCAUUGCCCCCCGUCCCACCUUGCUCCAUCAAUGGCUCCAAUGACCAGAGUGUGGCCUUGGCUCAUGGCAAGAGCUUUCUUGACGAUAGCUACCGCUUCAACAACUGUAGCCGGACACCUGCUAACUACAAGGAGCGUCUAGAGCAGACUGUGGAACGUUGUGCUCACAUUAAUGGCACCACCCCGCUCUUCAACACCCGGGGUUUUGGAGAAGUUCUUGGACCACCUCGGCAGGAACUAACAGCUGACGACCAGUCUCCCAGUUCGUCUACGAGCCUUGAAGGACCUCUAGCCAGCGCCAAAGACUACAGCCACUACAAUGGCCACUUCAACGGGAUGGCGCCCAGCCCCUCUGACACAAAGAGUCUGAGCAGCGAGGAAGACCUUCGGCAGCCGGACUCGCCUUCCUCAGAGCUGCUUCACUACCGUUCCAGGACUUUCAACAUGGGAGAGCUGGUGUGGGGCCAGCUCAAGGGCUUCCCCCAUUGGCCAGCCAAGCUGGCAGGGGAUGAACAGGUACACACCGCUGCAAUGCAACUGCGGGAUCAGGCCAAGGUAGAGCCAGAGAAGCUAAAAACUUUAACACAUGACUUGGAGGCACUUGAUCGAGUUGCUAAAAGAGGCUUGAACAGGCCGGGGAAACUGAAUAAUCACUUGGAAGCUGCUAUCCACGAGGCCAUGAGCGAGCUGGACAAAAUAUCGGGCACGAUCCCGUCAAGAGAUCGACAGGUGAAGAUGCCCAAGCCGAAGAGGAGGAAGAUCUCCAGAUAGCAAUGAAUGUGUCAUCCUCCUCCUCCUCACCUCCUCGCUGCCGUCUGAGCUAUCCCAGGUGCUACACAUUGACGCUGUGUGUUCCUUCGCUGUUCCGUGACGUCAUCAUAGACUUGACUUCCUGACUUUUGAGGUGCUGGAACAUCCGAUGAUCAUUUUUACUGUAGUAAGAAGAAAGAAAUGGAAAGAACCAUCAAAAAUGUUCCAAUUUGUCUACAGCUUACUGAAGUAACUAUUUUUUUCUAGGAUAAGAUCUUAAAAAGACAACAAAAAAAAGCUAUGAGCAUUACCUUACAUAUUUAAGACAAAUAGACAGUCCAAAUAUUUCUGAUACAUUUUCAUGAUGUAAAUAGAUAAUCCUGAAAUGUCAUAUUAUUAAGAAAUGUAUGUAAAUACUGUAAAAUGUAAUGUACAAGCGUAUCUAAUGCACAUUUUAUCUUUUGUUGUACAAAAACAAAGCAGAAGUGUACCAAUGUCUUGGUUUCUAUUCAGACGUGCGUUUGCAUCGGACCGCACGUACGCGAUAAAUACGAAAACAGCUUUUAUAUGACAAGAACUACGACCGUUGCUUUGAGUUUGUUUUUGUACAACAGCCGCGGAAAAAGUUCUGUUACUUCAUACAUGAAAGUGUUCACGAAAAAAAAAAAAUACAGAAUGAACUUUACCAGCAGAAAGUGUUCAGCCUUUCCGCAAGCACGAAUGUUGCUAAAACGUCACAAAGCAGAAUUAUCGUCAUCAUCAUUGUGACCUUUCUUGCAUUUCCUGAGUUUCCUGCCUUUGAAAAUAUAGGGAAUUAUUUGAAAUUUUGUUUUAAGUUAAAUAUUUGCGGUCAUAGUGAUUCUCUCAAGUACAAAUUGCUUUUUAUUGUGGAUUGUUUCGUUUUGGCCGAAAUAUUGUAAUUCGAAUGUCAUUUUCCCCCCCUUUUUUAGUUCACAUUAACGAUGAGGAAAAUUAACACUCGAGGGGUGAAAUAUUCACACAUUUAGGGGCCUUGUUUAGUUUUAUCCAGUUUGCUUGUUGUAAAUUAUUCCUGUACAGUUCUUCAUAUUUAUUUUAAGCUUUACAAAUAUCCUAGAUGGCAAUAACACUACCAAGAGUUAAGAACUCAAGCCUUAUAUGUGUAUAUGUAUGUUUUGUUUUAACAGAAGUAUAGCUCACGUAUUCAUUCCUAAGGUCCCCUGUUUUAUUUAAGAAGUGAACUUAACAGAAGACACUUGGACAGCAAGGCUUCUUGUUUUUGUUCCAUAAUGUUUUAUUUAUGAAAAUGCUUAUGUGAGAAAGAAAGCGGUUGCUGUCUAUGUUGGUAAUAAAUGUCAUGUUACACUACCAAGUAGAGGCCAUGGCUUUUCAGUCACAUUAUGGCCAACAAGCUGAAAUCACUACAGAAUGAAACAAGUGCAAUAAACCAAUGAGUGAAGAUCAAAAGCUCGCCUCUAACAAUGCCACCAUCUUGCUAUUGAAGAUUCUCACAAGAGUAAUCAUCUUUCCGAACAUUUCAAGAAUAUAGUUUUGCUGGUACUGCCUCAGUGUUAAACCUCUGAAAAGAGUAACAUUACUUGACCUGUCCUGUCCAAGUCGUGUACAUGUAUGCUUCCACACUAGGACUUCCACUCCAACAAGCGAAGGUGUUUAUGUUCCUUCUGGAACAAACCUACAGAGGAGCCUUAAGGUCAGACUGAAUCACUGCAAACAAACGCACGCUUGUACCGUAUGAGGCAACCUGUGCAACUUGAAGACAUUUGGUUGCAGCCAUGUGGCUAAAUCUAAACGUGGCAUCCCCACCGACCAGUGGACGUCCUCAAAGUGUCGGCUUUAAGGUGCAUCACCGUGAUCGAUGUCGAGGAAAUCCUCCAGGUGUCUCGGUGAACACAAAACUCUUUGGGUAAAGUUCAUUCUGUCUCCCGUGUGUGUUGACAUGCAGGAGCCUUAUGUGUGCUCCAACUCAAAAGCUGUUGUGUGGAGGUCUGUGUUUAUCACUACUUUUUGUCCUUUGAUUUGGUUUGAAUCAUCCUCUUCCAACCUCCCAUUGUCAGUAUUUUAUUUUUCCUGUGAGUAUAUAUUGCCUCACUAAUAUAUACUUAACAGAUGAGAUGUGUGAAGUAUGAUGUGCACUUGAUUGCUCCAGUUUGUUCUGCAUUAAUGUGGCCUAGAUAUACAGUAUAGUUUGUCAAGAGUCCAUUAUUUUGAUAUUGUUUAGACUUUUUUUUUUUUUUAAUGGUUUGAUGUAUGCAGCAUUUUUGUAAAUAUUGAGACACAUUACAGAUCAUGCAGUGAUGUAACAUUUGGAACAAUGUUGCACAGAUGUCUUAAGAUAUUAA